CUCGCAGGAAGGAGAUGGCAAUCUUUGCAAACUGUGUGUUUUUUACAAAAUUGAAGCACUUACCUAUUCAGGAGAAGAAUAAGCUCAAAAAAUGCAUUAAAGAAAAUGGUGGAGUAAUUAAUGUUAUGCUUGAUCAAAGCAAUAAAUAAUUCAUAUUAACUAAGACUGAUGAGGGUAUAAGAGAAAAUUAUGGGACUUUCAUUGCAGACCUGAAGAGACAGGAUUUCCUAUUAAGGGAAACUUUUCCACCUGGAGCAGAAUAUUUAGCUUUUACAAAAUUGCAGGAGACUAAGCACAACAGGAACCUAGAUUUUAUCCAGCAUAUACGACCUCCUCUAGGGAUCUCCAAGGCUGCGUGUUUGGUGCCAUACAGACAAGUAAUAAGUCAGUGGUUUUGUGAAACUGAUCUGGGCCACUUGAAUAGUUUCCUACUUGAACCAAUAAAAAACAUAAGCCUCAAUGAUGUGAGCAAAGCAGAAGGUAUUUUACUCCAGAUAAAGAAUGCACCGGAUGAGGGAGCCCAUGAGGCAACACUGCAAAUGAUGAUAAAGGAAUUUUAUGGAGUUAUAUGUCACAAAGGAGAACCAGACUGUAAUGUUUCCAGAAAGCUGUUGUCUAGUAAACAAGACCUUUGUCAGUAUUCAUUUGCAGCAGAAUUAACUGAAAAAAAAAAUCCUUAUUAUUCAUUCAUAUGUGUUAACCAUGCUACAAUGUUAAUUUCUAUCCCUAUUUUCUGGUUAAUCCGAGACAUACUUAAUAUACGUGAAACAAAUAUGUCAUCCCCAAACCCAUCAUUUUUGGCCAAAUACCAGGCUCUCAGGUCCAGGAUCGAAGCUGUUUCCCCGGAGAGUUACAAAUUUCUCAGUAUUAAAGAACAGCUGUUCAAUGCCUACUUUUGGUAUUUAAUCACUGUGACCAAUAAGGAAUCGAAAUUUGUAAAUCCCAAAGUACAUCGCUGUGUCACAGUUAGUGACUGUCUAGUGAGAAUGUUACAAGUAUAUAGAGUUGGUAGAACAGGUGAAACAGCAGAAAUUCUGAGCAGUCUUGGAAAUAUUCGGUCCUUAUUCCACGCAUCACUUAUGCGCAACUUUGUGGGAAUUCUCUGCAGAUACUUCUACAGACCUCUAAAAGGAAAAUCAGUUGUUUGUAAUGUUGAAUUCAGUUAUUCUCCAAAUGGGUUAGAUUUGAGAUGGAAAUACUUGGAUAUGGAUGAUGAAUUUGUUGUGUAUAAAACCAAUCAAGUUAAAAUUAGAUACGUUGUUAAACUUUGUGUUGCUGAAGACCAAAUAAAACCAUUUCAAUGCCUUCCUAAUCUUUCUUACACUCUUUGUUUAGGCUAUGCCCUUCCAAGUGCAGAUCCCAUGAAUGCCAUAAAAGCUGGUCUUCAGGACAGAUCAGGAAAUCCAGUCCCUCUGGAAAGUGUUAACAUCAAGGGGAGGAUGAUAGACUUUGUAGCACAGGUAGUGAUAUUUCAGACUUACACCAAUAAAAGCAGUAGUCUGAUUGAAGCUAAAUAUGUCUUUCCUUUGGAUGAUAAAGCUGCUGUGUGUGUAUUUGAAGCUUUUAUCAAUGGAAAACACAUCACUGGAGAGAAGGAGACACAAGCACAUAGAGAAUAUAGAGAAGCUAUCAGAUAGAGUGAUGGAGCUUAUCUAAUGGACCAGGAUGCACCAGAUAUUUUUGUAAUAAGUGUUGGAAACCUGCCACCAAAUUCUACAGUCCUCAUCAAAAUCUCCUACCUCACUGAACUGAGUUCUCAUAAUGGCUGUAUCUCCUUUCAUUUGCCUGCUUCUGUCUCACCAUGGCAACAGGACAAAGAGUUAAAUGAGAACACACAGGUAAUUGCUUGUAACCUUUCUAGUCAUAACAAGGGUAUCAAAAAGCAAAACGAGCAUAAGCUUAAGCAGAAGGGCUGCAGUUGCCAAUUCUCCUUGGACAUGUCUAUUGAGAUGCCAUACACUACUGAUGUAAAUAGCUGGACACAUGAACUUAAAAUAAAGAGAACAGAUUGCAAGGCUGUGAUUAAGGCUGUGGAGAACAGCUCCCUCGACGUUAAUGGCUUUGCUCUAGAAAUCUGGAUUUCUGAAGUUCCUCGAAUGUGGGUAGGGAAGCACCCCAACAAAAGGAGCAAGGCAGGCUUUGAUAUAUGGUUAUAUGCUGCUCUCAUAAUAAGAAAAUCUGUGUAUAUUUCAAAUGAAGUUACAUUCAUCGACUGCAGUGAUGAUCUUGCUUCUCCUCAGGCUUGCAUGCUUGUAUUCCAGCCAGAGCACAUGACAGCAGCUGAAGAGGUGCCACUGUCCAACAAAAUUGUUAUUUGCUUAGAUUGCUCCAAUUCCAUGGCAGGUUCAGCCCUACAGCAAGCAAAGCAGAUUGCUUUACACGCUUUGGAACAAUUGUAUUUAAGAUGAAGAGUAAAUGUUGUCAAACUUGGCACAAAUUUCACAAAAUUUUAUUCAUCUCCAAAGAGCAUCUCAGAUGAUUUGUCACCACUGAAGGAGUUUAUCACAUCUGUUACUGCAACAUUGGGAAACACUGAUUUAUAGAAGGCCCUACGUUACUUUGGUCUGCUUUUUUCUUCUCAAGGGCAGCGUAACAUUCUUGUUAUAUCUGAUGGACACAUUCAGAAUGAGAGUGUGACCUUCCAGAUUGUGAAAGAUAAUGUCCUACAUACCAGGUUAUUUACGUGUGGGGUUGGUUCCACAGCAAAUCGUCACAUUCUGAGAUCUGGUCCUGGAGCAUUUGAAUACUUUGACUCAAAAUCAAAGUAUAACUGGAAGGAAAAGAUACAGAGCCAAGUAUCUAGAAUAUUUUCUCCGGGAUGCAGUUCUGUUUCUAUUAAAUGGCAACAGUUUGAUAUAAAUGCACCAGAGCCAAUGCAGGCUGCUGCUCGAAUGCAGUCUUUAUUUAACAACGAGAGGCUUCUUGUCUACGGAUUCAUCCCUCACUGUACUCUGAAGCAAAUCUUGAAAAACAGGAUUAUUAAUCUCAGUUUGGAGAACUCGAUCCUAACCCAAUUUACAAGCUUUGUUACAGUUGAGAAAAGGUGUCUCAAGUUUUUACUUACCCAUAUCUUUGCUUAUUCCCUAGUAUGGCUCAUGGAAUCUCAGUUCACAGUUGGGAAAAUCUUAGAAUUUGACGUUAAUUAUUUAAUUAAUGAUUUCCUUAUCGGAAAAGUCAUUCAGUCACUUGGUCAAAAUGGAAAAGUUCUGCAGUUGAUUGCUACUCUUCUUGUGCUACAGUUCAUCCACUGCACACAUAAUCAGUUUUGCUUCACUGAACUGAUCGGAAUAAUCACUGUUCAUUGGGCUUUUGUGUUGAUCAAGAAAUCAGUAGAGUGGGUGAGAAGAGCUGAACGACAUUUUCCAGGUAUUUACUAUCAACUUGAACUUGGGAAGGACUGGGAUUGUGCCACCAAGAAGAUACUGGGUAUUAACUUUAAUUAACAUCAGUUCUCCUUCUAAUUAAAAUAUUUAAUCACAUCAUGAUUCUUUAAGAUAACAGCCGAGUUAGCUUUCCUUGCAAUCUUACAUAAAAUGUUUUAAAUGUGGACAUUUAAU